AUGGGCACCUUUGGCUACCGCGAUGGCAUCGCCGUCUUACAAAUAAUCGUCUUCCCAGUAGUCUUCGUUACUUCACUCUUCAUCUGGAGACGGGUUGGCUGGCGAGUAGGCGGAAAGAGUUGGCGAUUCGUCGCCACAUUCUCCCUGCUACGCAUCGCAGGCAGUAUAUGUACUUUUCUGAGGAUCAGCAAUGACUCGGAGAAGAUCUUUAUCGCAGAAGCCGUGUGCGAGUUGAUUGGGAUUGCGCCUUUGUUGCUGACAUAUAUUGGAAUACUUGGGCAAAUACCAACAACAAAUGUUUAUCUACUUAGCGAUUCGCAUCAAAGUAUAAACCCCCGACACCUCCGCCUAGUCACGCUUCUUGGUUUCCUCGGCCUCAUCCUCGGCAUUGUAGGCGUCAGCAUCAUGGACACCAACACCACCUUCCACGCCAACAGCGAAAUGAAAGCCGCCAUGGGCAUAUUUCUGGCUGUAUUCACCAUCAUGACCUUUCUGACGGGUUGGCUGGUGCUACAGCUUUGGUUCACACUUUGCGCGUGGCAAAAGAAGCUGUUUCGCGCUAUUGUUCUUUCCUGGCCGUUUCUUUUGGUCAGGCUGGUCUAUUCCGCCAUGGGCGAUUAUGGUUCUGAUGCGCGGUUUGUUAUUGGUGGUAGCAAUACUAUUUACUUGUGUAUGGAUGUGCUGGAGGAGAUUUUUGCUAUGGCGCUCUGUGUGGGCUUUGGGUUGUCGGCUAUGCGUGAGAAAGAGCGCGAAGAGGUUGCUGUGUCUGACACAUGGACGACGGUCGGUCCGAAGAUUGGUCAGUUCAAUGUUGAAUCCUAG